AUGGAGGUCCUCAUCGAGCUCAAGGGCUUCCUGCAAACACAUAACCAGAUAAACCGAGGAGCGUACGAUGGAUGGUUGGAGUCAGAGGCCUCCCCGUGCAACUGGCAAGGAGUUGGAUGUGACAUGAACGGCCGUGUGAGUUCCCUUGACCUCUCUAGCUCCAGCAUAUCAGGACCGUUCUUCGGCAAUUUUUCAGGUCUCAAAAGCCUCAUUCAUCUGGAUCUCUCAGACAAUUCUAUCAUUGGUGAACUCCCAGUUGAUCUCAACAGAUGCUUGGGACUGAAGCACCUUAACCUCUCGUACAACCUCAUAGGUGGAGUCCUUAACAUAUCCAGCCUGACAAAGCUGAGAACAUUAGAUGUCUCACGGAAUCGGUUCGAGGGGGGAAUUGGCAUGAACUUCCUUGCAACCUGUGACGAACUCACCAUCCUCAACAUCUCCAGCAACAACCUCAGUGGCAACAUCGUUGGCUUGCUUGAUAACUGUUCAUGGCUUGAAUAUGUGGAUCUCAGUUUGAAUCGCUUCACUGGCCAGGUCACACAGGGCAUUGCAAGCCUAAUUCAGUUCAAUGCUGCUGAGAAUGCCUUGACUGGAAGCAUUGCUCUUGACAUGUUCCCAGAGGGAUGCAAACUACUGUUUCUGGAUCUCUCCAGCAACUAUUUGUUUGGCAAUUUGCCUAAUUCCAUAGCAAAUUGCUCCAGUUUGACAUACCUGUCGCUAUCGGGGAACGGUUUUGAUGGGCAGAUACCACCAGGAAUUGGAGUAAUUCCUGGGCUUGAGAAACUGAUCCUGGGGAGCAACAACUUUGCCCGUGAGAUGCCAUUUAGCUUAAUGAAUUGUACUGCACUGAAGUAUUUGGACAUUAGUAACAACGGUUUUGGUGGGGAGGUGCAAGGAUUCUUUGGGAAGUUAGAAAGUUUGACGCAUCUCAUACUUCACUCAAACAAUUAUACUGAUGGAAUUGUGUCCUCUGGCAUUCUUAGACUACCUAAGCUGAUCAUGCUUGAUCUCAGCCUCAAUCGGUUCUUCGGAAAGCUACCCACGGAGGUCGCAAUCAUGACAAGCAUCAAAUACCUCGUGCUUGCUGAGAAUAACUUCUCUGGUCAGAUACCCCCGGUGUAUGGACAGAUUGCCCAGCUCCAAAUAUUGGACCUAUCAUACAACCACCUCUCUGGUGGUGUCCCUGCAGAUAUUGGUAACCUCUCCUCACUUCUCGUGUUGAUGCUUGCUGGAAACCAACUUUCUGGAGAGAUCCCAAAGGAAAUAGGGAACUGUACCAGCUUGCUCUGGCUCAACCUUGCGGAAAACAAGCUAUCUGGUCAGAUUCCCCCAGAGAUAGCAGGUGUUGGGAGAGACCCAAGUCCAACAUUUGCUAGGAAUCAGAAGGAUGCUGCACAAUUGGAGAUUGGCACCAGGAAGUGUCUCUCUGUGAUGCGGUGGAUUCCCCUCGGUUACCCAGGGUUCAAUUAUGUAGAAUCAGAGAUGUCUUGGAAGGACUGUCGGAGCCUAGAGGACCGAAUCUUGAAGGGGUAUGGUAUUGUUACACCACCUUCUGUCCAGCCAUGUAUCAUCUUGGGUUAUGUUAGGUUCUCAGGGAAUCUGUUGUCAGGACAAAUACCUCCCAUGAUUUCUGCAAUGAGAAACUUCAACUUGCUCCUUCUUGAUGAUAACUUGCUCGCUGGCGUCCUACCAUCAGAGAUUAGUCAAAUGUCACUUGUUGUGCUUAACAUCUCUAGGAACAUAAUUUCUGGUGAGAUUCCAUCUGAGAUUGGUCAGAUGGUACUCCUUGAGACCCUUGACAUGUCUUUUAACAACUUCUCUAAUGAACUUCCAUCAAGUCUGAACCAGCUCUAUAAACUGAGUAAGUUCAAUGUUUCAUAUAAUUCACUUCUCUCUGGCAAUGUUCCAUCUACUGGCCAACUCUCCACCUUCGACGAGCAAUCAUUUCUUGGAGACCCUCUCCUGUCUUUACAUUUCAUUGACCAUGGACCCCGUUUGGAAUCAAACAAUGAUGAGCUCUCAACAGAAGGUACAGAAAAGGAUCCUGCUAAAGAAGAAUUAAUGGUGCUCAUCAUUUCAUUUAUUGUGUUUUUCUUUGCCACAAUUGCUAUCAGAGAACAUGACAGUUUCAUGGGAUUCACUGUAAUUAAAAAACAGAACUACUAUAUAGAACUAUUCAAAGGCUAUACCAUGACAUCCAAUGUUUUCAAGGCGGUAAGGCGAGGCGUGGCGACUGACUACCGCCUUAUGCUUAAGCGAGUAAGGCGUAAGGCGAGGCGACGCCUUAACAGCUUAAGAAAAAUUUAA